CCCUUUCGAGGUUCGUUGUCGGCCAAUGAGAAUUGGCAAAUUUGCCGCCCGCAUCGCACGUGACCGGCAGGCCGCCCCUUUCUCUCUUGCCGCCCAUGAGGCUAACUUGUUACCCACACGACCCUGGCGAACAAACAAGAUACCGGGCUUUGGAUCCUCAUGCGUCUACAACGGCACAUACACUACUUGGCAACCUGCAAUGCGCUUCCGUGCAUCGGUGGCGUUGAUUGAGGCUGCCUUUCGGCCAUCAUCCCUUCACAUGAAGCUCAUGUCAUGCAGCCAGCCGUGCGUGACUUGAACAAAGCGGGCAUAGCUCUUCAGAUUCCGAGUUAUCCUUGCUCAGGGCUCGCUUCGACUUCUCGACCAGGGAACUGUACAAUCAACCAUCAGGAAAAGACAACCUCGCUGAGGACCAUGGAGCAGGACCACAAUGCAGGUAGCCAUACCUAAAUGGGACGGUUUGAGCAGAAUUGGUAUGGACUUGGUCAAGCAAUUGAACUCCAGCUCAACCACAUCAUUUCGGUCCCACAUGAUUCAUGUGGCCUUCAGAAUACUCCCGGGAAUGCUUCCGAGUGAUAGACUAACGAAGCAUGCAAGCACUAUCGUCGUGCAUUGCGAGGUCGUGUCAUCGCGAUAGUGCUCCAUCAAACGGCCAACAAUGACCAAGCUGGUUCGCUUCUUAUAUGCCAACCGUUACUUCAACAUCCUGCGGCCACGGCCGCUAAGUGCUGGCCAGGCAUCUUUGGCUCCGAAGCACAAAGCUAUGGAUCGGCCCGGUGGUGGUGGGCCACUCCAAGGAUGGGUAUAUAUUGUCUCUCAUGACUUGGACAAAUUGGUCUCAAAUUGUUUUGAAAUCUCUGAACACAUCAGGACAGGACAAAUGGCAGACAUCUUCUCUACUCUCACAUUGGAUCAGAGGAAGUGGCAUAUCAAAGAUAUUCUUACAACAUUUGUCAGACGAGAGCUCGGUGCGGAGUUCCGGCCGGACAUUGAUAGAAUCAUCACAGAGGAGCAGCAACACCGACCCUCGUCAGAAUGGACCAUUCAAGAAGAUCUUUUCGGGACCCUUUUUGUCUGGGGUUGUCAUGAUCAGGACGGAUGGAAUUUCUUGAACCGACUACAAAGCUCGGUGGAAAGAGUACGUCACUUUGGUGAAAAGCUCCAACGACGAUUCGGCGAGAUUUUCGAAAAUUAUGAUGCUGCCCAGUUCGGUUCAGUAGUCGAGCGACAUCCAGUUUAUGAGAGGGAGCGGAGACCUGGACUGGAGCCGGUGGUGGAAUCACUGCAACACCUUGUCAAAAUAGCCGUGGAGGACUUCCAUCUUCGAAGCGAGGGGGAAGAGGAAGUUGUGUCCAGUCUCCUGACGGCGUUGGGUUGGGCUUGUGAGAGGAUCUCACCAUUGAACGAUCCCUCUCAAGUGUUAGUCGAGUUCUUGUUGUCAGCACUUGAAAGCAUAAAGACACAGGAGCCCUCGACAUUCCAAAGUGACAAGGUACGACAAAGGGUUGACGCUGUGUCGAUGAGAUUGCCCCGGGAGAUAGGACAGUUGGGUGCGUUCAGGAGGCGAGUCGGACAAUUGUGAAGCUGGAAAGCUUGGGAAUGAAAGGACCCAGAUCAUGGUAAUGUCCUUUUACAGCUCCAAGGAUCAUGGUCUUUCAAGAGAAGCGAGAGGAUACAAUUCCCUUGCAGCACCGGAGCCCACAGUACUUGCUUCAUGACUGAAUCGAUCUCUAUUCAUCGACUGCAGCAGCCCAAUUGAGAGACAUCACCUGAGGCAUUUCAAUGAGUAUAAUACUCAAAGGCAAUUGGGGACUGGUUGUGUGAAAGUCACAGUACCCAACAAAUUUGAAUGGGACACUCUGGUCAAGGUGGUUCUGGUAGAUGUCGUUUCUCAUCAAGACCAGACCAUUCCCAUUGAACCAUGUGUGGAAGAAUAAGUCCGUAGAUAGACGCAACCAGAAU